AUGACACCCCCAGCAGCUCCAUCAGUCACCUCGUGGUGGCACGACACCCCCAGCAGCUCCAUCAGUCACCCCGUGGUGGAACGACACCCCCAGCAGCUCCAUCAGUCACCCCGUGGUGGAACGACACCCCAGCAGCUCCAUCAGUCACCCCGUGGUGGAACGACACCCCCAGCAGCUCCAUCAGUCACCCCGUGGUGGCACGACACCCCCAGCAGCUCCAUCAGUCACCCCGUGGUGGAACGACACCCCAGCAGCUCCAUCAGUCACCCCGUGGUGGAACGACACCCCCAGCAGCUCCAUCAGCCACCCCGUGGUGGCAUGACACCCCCAGCAGCUCCAUCAGUCACCCCGUGGUGGAACGAUACCCCCAGCAGCUCCAUCAGUCACCCCGUGGUGGAACGACACCCCAGCAGCUCCAUCAGUCACCCCGUGGUGGAACGACACCCCCAGCAGCUCCAUCAGUCACCCUGUGGUGGAACGACACCCCCAGCAGCUCCAUCAGUCACCCCGUGGUGGAACGACACCCCCAGCAGCUCCAUCAGUCACCCCGUGGUGGAACGACACCCCAGCAGCUCCAUCAGUCACCCCGUGGUGGAACGACACCCCAGCAGCUCCAUCAGUCACCCCGUGGUGGAACGACACCCCAGCAGCUCCAUCAGUCACCCCGUGGUGGAACGACACCCCCAGCAGCUCCAUCAGUCACCCCGUGGUGGAACGACACCCCAGCAGCUCCAUCAGUCACCCCGUGGUGGAACGACACCCCAGCAGCUCCAUCAGUCACCCCGUGGUGGAACGACACCCCCAGCAGCUCCAUCAGUCACCCCGUGGUGGAACGACACCCCCAGCAGCUCCAUCAGUCACCCCGUGGUGGAACGACACCCCAGCAGCUCCAUCAGUCACCCCGUGGUGGAACGACACCCCGGCAGCUCCAUCAGUCACCCCGUGGUGGAACGACACCCCAGCAGCUCCAUCAGUCACCCCGUGGUGGAACGACACCCCCAGCAGCUCCAUCAGUCACCCCGUGGUGGAACGACACCCCAGCAGCUCCAUCAGUCACCCCGUGGUGGAACGACACCCCAGCAGCUCCAUCAGUCACCCCGUGGUGGAACGACACUCCCAGCAGCUCCAUCAGUCACCCCGUGGUGGAACGACACCCCCAGCAGCUCCAUCAGUCACCCCGUGGUGGAACGACACCCCAGCAGCUCCAUCAGUCACCCCGUGGUGGAACGACACCCCAGCAGCUCCAUCAGUCACCCCGUGGUGGAACGACACCCCCAGCAGCUCCAUCAGUCACCCCGUGGUGGAACGACACCCCAGCAGCUCCAUCAGUCACCCCGUGGUGGAACGACACCCCCAGCAGCUCCAUCAGUCACCCCGUGGUGGAACGACACCCCAGCAGCUCCAUCAGUCACCCCGUGGUGGAACGACACCCCCAGCAGCUCCAUCAGUCAUCCCGUGGUGACACGACACCCCAGCAGCUCCAUCAGUCACCCCGUGGUGGAACGACACCCCCAGCAGCUCCAUCAGUCACCCCGUGGUGGAACGACACCCCCAGCAGCUCCAUCAGUCACCCCGUGGUGGAACGACACCCCAGCAGCUCCAUCAGUCACCCCGUGGUGGAACGAUACCCCCAGCAGCUCCAUCAGUCACCCCGUGACAGCGUUUCUUUAUUAG